AUGUCGUCUAUACAAAAUUUAGAAUCUAUUGAAAAACUAAAUUCAACUUUAAAUACAACUAUUAGUUAUAUUGAAAGUCCUAUGUUUCAAAAUGACUCUCAAAAAUAUGCUUUAUUUUUAUGUAGUAUAAUUAUUGGAAUUGGUGCUUGUUGUUAUUUUAUAAUGGCUGUUAUCAAAGAUCGUAAUAUUAGAAAAGAGAAUAAUAAUAUAUAUGAAACAAGAAAUAAAUUGCCAGGAUAUGCUGAAAAUGAUAUUAUUGGUCAAGCAAAAGAAAGGUUUAAAAGAAAUCAACAUUAA